UUUAUUUUUGUUUGUUUAUUUAAUUUUAAACCAAGGGUAUUAGGGAUAUUUUACCCUUUAAUGAAUGUCAUUUUUGUGACUUUCUCCUUCUAGUGUCAUUUUUGAGACAUAAACUUCAAAAGGUGCUAUUAUUGACAAUUGCCCUAUAUUUUAUCUAUAAUCGUCGAUAAUUUUACAUGAUUUAUGAUAAUUUACUGAGUAUUUAAAGAUAUUCUAUGCAACAUGAUAAAAAUAUUUCUAAAUAUCUUUUUCUAAUUCUCUGAAACUGAAAUGUCAUUAUUUGAUAUAUAAACAUUAAUUAAUUUUUUUUAACGUCUGAUUAAUUAUGCUAUUACAACGAUGAUAAAUAUUACAUAGACGAUUCUACAGCCGACAAUUCUACUAUCAUACGAAAAUGCACGUUUGACUGCAUCACUCCAAACCGCCCUAUGAAAUCCAUGUUCGAUAAUAUGCACUGCACCAUGAUGAAGAACUCUUGUAACCCUUUUCUCCAUAAUUUACAUAAUUUACAUUUUCUGGGGCUUAAACCCCAUAUCUCAUGGUAUAGAAAUAUUAAUGAAUCCUUAAUCAAACCACUGGACUACUUUCACACAUUAAUAAAUAUUUUUGAUUAAAAAAAACAUUAACUAAUAUUUAGUUAAACCACAAACUAAAAUAAUUUCACAAAAUCUUUGAUUAAACAACUAUACUAAGAAAACUUCUACAUUUGCAUAUCUACAACACAAAUGUGAAGAAAGAUAGAAAAGUCAAAAGCAUUAAUGAAAUAUCAAACGAUUAGGUUUGUUAUGGUGACUUUGAUGCAAAACAUUAGAAAACAUAAUUCUUCUUUUUCAUGAAUUUACCUUAUAAAUCUUUUUUUUUGUGUCUAAAAUUCGCUUUUAUUUGCAAAUAAACCUUAUUUUCUCAGUGGUACCUGAUAAAAGAAACAAAAAUUUAAAAUAAAAAAUAGUUUCUACUUUUAAGGUGAAAUUGGCAAUGAAAAUAGAAAGUAGAAAAAUUUAGACAGAAUGUUCUUCUUGGUAAGCGACAAACGAAAGAUGUGUUUUGUCAAACAAUUUAGCAGCAAAACUUCACAUUUUCCCCUUUCGUCGUCUCUCUCCUCUGACAUUUCUUCAAUCACUUUUUCUUUCUCCAUCUUCUUCUUCUUCAAUGAGCUUUUCAUACGGAAUCAAGUCAACGAAUGUUCUUGUUUGCCAAUCUCAUUCUUGUUUUCAUGAGCUUUAGUCCCAGCUAAGAUUUUGAAUUCCCAAAACCCUGUUCUUUGACUUGCCUUACAUCAAAAGAUUCACCAGUUCUAUGAUCUGAGCUUCAAACCCAAUCCAAGAAAAAACAUCCACUUCAAACAAACUCUGGUCCUGGAUCUGUUUAACCCACAGUUUCAGACCAAACCCACAUCAAAAGUUUCAACAUUUAAGCCAAAUCUUGAACCUAACCAGCUAUGGUAGUAGAAGAGCAAAACCUCGAAAGUGGAGGAUCCGUCCGUGUAGUCAUCAAAGGAGAGAGUCAUCUCCGUAAUGUACUGUGGGGUCCAGUGCGGUGGAUAAAGAUGCUGGCCAAAGAGCUUCACUGGAGCUUUGUCUUCGGUGUGGUCUCACUCUACGGUAUAAACCAAGGCCUUGGCGGCUCAUUGGGCCGUGUAGCCACCGAGUAUUACAUGAAAGAUGUUCAAAAGGUUCAGCCUUCAGAGUCUCAGGCUCUCACGGCCAUCACCAAGAUUCCGUGGAUCAUUAAGCCUCUUUGGGGCAUUCUCACUGAUGUUCUUCCCAUCUAUGGCUUCCACAGACGCCCUUACUUCGUUUUAGCAGGCGUCCUUGGAGUGGUUUCCAUGCUUUUCAUAUCGGUUCUUGGGAAUCUACACCUUUACUUGGCGCUCUUGUGGAUGACAAUAGCAAGUGCUGCGAUGGCGAUAGCUGAUGUGACCAUUGAUGCUUGCACUGCUUACAAUAGUAUCAAACACCCUUCUCUUGCCUCGGAUAUGCAGAGCUUGUGUAGCUUAAGCUCUUCCAUUGGUGCACUUCUUGGUUUCUUCAUGAGUGGCAUCUUAGUUCAUCUUGUUGGCUCUAAGGGUGUGUUUGGCUUGCUGACACUCCCAUUUGCGUUGGCGUCUGUAGUGGGGAUGGUGUUUAGUGAGUCCCAUGUUCCUGGUUUCUCUUACAAACAGGUAAUGUCACAAUGCUUGAGUUUCAACCAACGUGAGAGUACUGACUCUUGUUUUGUAUCAAUUCAGGUAAACCAGAAGUUUAUAGACGCAGGGAGAGCGAUGUGGAGGACAAUGAAGUGCUCAGAUGUGUGGAGGCCGAGUCUGUAUAUGUACAUUUCCCUUGCUCUUAGUUUGAACAUUCAUGAAGGUCUCUUCUAUUGGUUCACAGAUUCAAAAGACGGCCCUUUGUUUGCUCAGGAAACUGUUGGUUUCAUCCUCUCAAUUGGUUCAGUGGGGUCGAUUCUAGGAGCAACGUUGUACCAGCUAGUCCUAAAGGACCAUGCGUUCCGCGGCAUUUGCUUGUGGACUCAACUUCUCUUUGCCUUGGCAGGAAUGCUUGAUCUCAUUCUUGUGCUACGUCUCAACUUAAAACUUGGCUUACCAGACUAUCUCUUCAUAGUGGUCGAUGAGGUAGUGUCUCAGAUGAUAGGACGCCUGAAAUGGAUGCCGCUGCUCGUGCUCACUUCAAAGCUAUGUCCUCACGGUAUUGAAGGGACUUUCUUUGCGUUGCUGAUGUCUAUCGACAAUGCAGGCUUCAUGACCUCGUCUUGGCUCGGAGGAGUGUUGCUGCACGUCCUUAAUGUGACUCGGACAGAGUUUGGUAACCUCUGGCUUGCGGUUUUGAUAAGGAAUGUGUUGAGAGUUUCGCCGCUCUUUGUUCUGUUUCUUGUGCCUAAGGGAGAUCAGAACACGUUCAAGCUCCCGGGUGAGAUCAUUGGGGAAGAUUCUGAUUCUGAUGAAGAGAAAGAAGAAGCUCGGAACUUGGAGUUGGCGUCUCUUGUUCAUUCCGCUGAUAGAAGAUAGCUCACAGUGUUCUCUUGUUAUAGACAAAUCUUUGAAGCACAUGCUUCAUUUUCUCUGAACUUUUACCUGCAUUGAUACAAAGUGCAAAUUUUACAAGUUUGUCACAAUUUUUAGGUUUAGGACAGUGUCUUGUAAUAUAAAUAGUUCAUUGGGAAAAGCAUCAAGAAGAAUCUUGCA